UCAUGCUGCUGCCAGGUCCAGAGUCUGUCAUGGGUCCCUGUACGGCCUCCCAUUGCUGCUGUCUCCAUCGCCACACUCUGCCAUGUGCCACUUUUAGGUCUCCUCACACUGCUGGUGUGUUGAAUUUUUUGACAUAGGGUGCUGGCAGAUUACGGGCCUCCCAUUGCUGCUGCCAGGCCCCUAAUCUGCCAUGGGCCCCUAUACCGCCUCCUCAUGCUGCUGCCAGGUCCAGAGUCUCUCAUGGGUCCCUGUACGGCCUCCCAUUGCUGCUGUCUCCAUCGCCACACUCUGCCAUGUGCCACUUUCAGGUCUCCUCACACUGCUGGUGUGUUCAAUUUUUUGAC